ACGUUUUUUGAGUUAAUGCAAGGGAUAACAAUGGCUGCGUAGUAAAUUCGUGGAUUUUGGAAUCGUAUUCCCUUGGUUAUUGCAGUGUUCCGACUUAAAACCCUGAUCCCCUUUUAUGGCCCAGAAACCGGAAAAUUAGAUCAAUUACAGGGAGUAAAAGUAGUAGAGAAAAAAGGUGGAAAGAAAAAGUUAGAACCUUUGGUGAAUACCCAUCAAGGCAUUUGAGUCAGAUCUUGGAAAAAAGAGGUGAAAGUUAGAAGCUUUCAGCUACUGAGCCAAGUUCCGUGAAGCAAAUUUUGGAAAUCUCAAUUUUUUUCCUUGUGUGAUUCGGUUUUCGGAUAUGAAUGGGAGUAAUGAUGAGGAGCGAGUCGUUCACGAGGUUGCAAUGGUGGUUCCUAAGCGGGUUCUGGAAGAAGAAAAAGACUGUGUUGAGGUUUUGGUGACUGAACUGAAGAAGAGAAGGAUGGUUGUUGAUAGAGUCGUCGGUCUCGCAGAUGAGUUUCUCAAGGUAGCAGCUCCCUUGGAGACCUUGGGCAAUGCAGCAGCAGAGCUUCAUAUACGCAAACCUACUCGUCUAGGAAUUGAUCUCCCCUUUGAGAUGCAAGGGUCUGAGGCUUUCAUCCGCCAACCUGAUGGGUUACUGUUCAGCUGGUUUGAACGUUUUCGGUGCUAUCAACAUCUUAUUUAUGGAAUUGUAAACUGUGGUGGAUACGAUGUCACUUUGAAACUUGAUGGCAGAGAGUUUUGUUGGGCAGCAGGGGAAUCAUUAGUUCGAAGGUUGGAAUCAGAGGGCGUCAUUAGACAAAUGUUUCCUCUUCAUGAUGAAUUCAAGAGGAAGGAGCUUCUCAAAACUUGGGCAUUAAAUUGGUGGAACUUCACAAACCAACCAAUUGAUCAGAUCUACUCUUACUUUGGUGCAAAGAUUGGAGUCUACUUUUCGUUUUUGGGAAUGUAUACGCAAUGGUUGAUAUUUCCAGCCUUCAUUGGGUUUAUAGUCCAGAUGGUUGAUUUUGGAUCCUUGCAGUUUCUUGCUCUCCCAAGUUUCUUUGUGAGCACAAUACUCUGGGCUGCCUUGUUUCUUCAGUUCUGGAAACGUAAAAACGCAGCCUUGUUAGCUAGAUGGCAGAUCAAUUGUUUAGUUGGCCCCAGUCAAGGAUAUAGAUUUCUCGGAAUGGAAUGGAGUUCCCUUCCGUUUCCAAAGGAGCUUAUAAAGAAUCUCGGAAAUGAGAGAUUCAAAGAGAAGGAAGCAUAUCAAAGAUAUGAAUGGUUUGCUUAUCGCAAGAGGUUUAGGAAUGAUGUUCUUGUUAUCAUGAGCAUUAUCUGCCUCCAACUUCCAUUUGAGCUGGCAUAUGCUCAUAUUUACGAGAUUAUCACAUCUGAUAUAAUUAAGUUUCUGUUGACAGCUAUCUACCUACUAAUCAUUCAGUAUCUCACGAGACUGGGAGGCAAAGUAUCUGUCAAGCUGAUAAAUCGAGAAAUCAACGAGAGUGUGGAAUAUCGAGCCAACAGUUUAAUUUACAAAGUUUUUGGGCUCUAUUUUAUGCAGACAUACAUUGGAAUCUUUUACCACGUUCUUUUACAUCGAAACUUCAUGACACUUCGACAAGUAUUGAUCCAAAGGUUAAUAAUCUCACAGGUAUUCUGGACUUUGAUGGAUGGUUCUUUGCCUUAUCUUAAGUACAGCUACAGAAAAUAUAGAGCUAGGACAAAGAAGAGAAGCGAAGGUGGAUCAUCAACAGGAAAAAUUCAAAUAGCAUCAAGAGUUGAGAAGGAAUAUUUCAAGCCUACUUAUUCGGCAAGCAUUGGAGUAGAACUUGAAGAUGGACUUUUUGAUGAUUCACUCGAGCUGGCUUUGCAGUUUGGAAUGAUCAUGAUGUUUGCUUGUGCCUUCCCUCUUGCAUUUGCCCUUGCUGCAGUGAGCAAUAUAAUGGAAAUAAGAACAAAUGCCUUAAAGCUGUUGGUGACACUUCGUAGACCUCUUCCUCGUGCUGCUGCAACAAUUGGAGCCUGGUUAAACAUAUGGCAGUUUCUAGUAGUAAUGUCCAUAUGCACAAACUCAGCACUCUUGGUAUGCUUAUAUGACCAAGAAGGCAAAUGGAAGAUCGAACCAGGGCUGGCCGCAAUUCUCAUCAUGGAACAUGUACUCUUGCUUCUGAAAUUUGGUCUCUCUCGUCUUGUCCCUGAGGAGCCUGCUUGGGUUAGAGCCAGUCGUGUGAAUAAUGUGACACAAGCACAAGACAUGUACUGUAAACAGCUCUUAAGAAGCAUUUCUGGUGAAUUUGCUUCCAUGACAAAACCUGAACAAGAACAGCAAGAAGACUGGGAGCGCCUUUAACCUGAAAAAUCAGAAUCAGAGAAUACUAAAAGGCUUUUUCUUUUUCUUUGUGUGUGUGACAGUUUGAUUUUGUGCAUAAAAGUUGUGUGGUAGAAAUAUUGAAUACUUGUAUCUUCGGUUUUGUCUGUAACAAGUUGAACUAUAUGAAGAAAUCAUUUUAAUAUAUAAUUAUUGGUCAAAA